UCGACAUGGUAUACGGUCAUCAAAAAUGGCAGACGUACCGAUCGAUUGUGAUUUCCCUGUUUGGGGAUUAUUACCUAAAAAAGAAACAGGGGUGGUUUCAUUCUUAACAAAAUACCCAAAAUACGAUGGCAGAAACACGGUUAUUGCUAUUCUUGAUUCGGGCGUCGACCCGGCAGCGGCAGGGCUUAAGGUGACCAGUACUGGAGAGACAAAGGUAAUAGAAAGAUUUGACUGCAGCGGUUGCGGGGAUGUGGAUACUAGCACAGUCAUUCGAAAGGUCGUUGAUGGAUGUAUUACCGGCACCACGGGUCGCAAGCUGAAAAUUCCAGAAUCAUGGAAUAAUCCUACAGGGGAAUGGAGAAUAGGUGUCCUGUAUCCAUUUAGUUUAUAUCCUACAAAAGUUAAGGAACGCUUGCAAGAUCAUAGAAAGGAACAUCUGUGGGAUGUAGGUUAUAAACCUGCGUUAGCUGAGGCUACGAAACAGUUACAAGACUUUGAAGAUGAAAAUGCAUCAAAAACAAAUCUUAGUCAAGAUGAAAAAACGCAAAAAGAAGAAUUAGAGGCAAGAGUAGAAGUAUUAAAGGAGCUGGAGAAGAAAUAUAAUGAUGUAGGACCCACCUAUGACUGUGUACUGUUUCAUGAUGGUACUGUUUGGAGAGCAUGCAUUGAUACCUCUGAGACAGGGGAUUUAUCGUCUGGACCAUUUUUGGGGGAGUACAGUGUCACACAAGAGCACUCACAUCUCACUCCAUUGGAUGAAAUGACUGUUAGUAUUAAUGUACACGAUGAGGGAAAUACACUUGAAGUUGUUGGGAUGUGCUCGACUCAUGGAACCCAUGUAGCAGCAAUAGCAGCAGGUUACUUUCCUGAUGAACCAGACAAAAAUGGAGUGGCUCCCGGUGCUAAAAUUAUCUCACUUACGAUCGGUGACAGUAGGCUGGGUUCCAUGGAGACCGGAACGGCACUAGUGAGGGCAUGUAUAAAAGUUAUGGAAUUGUCCAAAAAGAUGAAAGUAGACGUCAUCAAUAUGAGUUACGGUGAACAUGCCCAUUGGUCUAAUGCUGGACGCGUCGGCUCCGUGAUCAGCUCAGUGGUCAAUCGCUACGGCGUGUCGUGGGUGGUGUCGGCCGGCAACCACGGACCCGCACUCGCCACCGUCGGGGCGCCGCCCGACAUCGCGCAGCCCAUACUCAUCGGCGUGGGCGCGUACGUGUCGUCGGAGAUGAUGCUGGCGGCGUACUCCAUGCGCGCGCAGGGCGCGCCGGGCGCCUUCAGCUGGAGCUCGCGCGGGCCGUGCGCCGACGGCGCCGCCGGGCUGGCCGUGUGCGCGCCGGGCGGGGCCGUCGCCUCCGUCGCCAGAUUCACAUUACGCAAUUCUCAAUUGAUGAAUGGAACGUCCAUGGCAGCGCCUCACGUCGCUGGAGCUGUCGCGGCGCUCAUAUCCGGCCUGAAGGACCGUCAACUACCGUAUUCGCCGUACUCUAUAAAACGCGCGUUGGAGAAUUCGGCGACGUUCCUGCCGCACGUGGAGCCCUGGGCGCAGGGCUGCGGACUGUUGCACAUUGAGAAGGCUUUCGAAAUUCUCACCACCUACCAUGAUCAACCAGAACGAGAUGUUACUUUCAAUAUCAAGUGCGGUAACAACAAUUCAAAGGGUAUUUUCCUGAGACCGAAGAUGGAGGACGUAUCCAAAGAUAUCGGCAUUACAGUUGAACCACAGUUCUUAGAAAACCAUCUAGACGAGGAAAACAAGUCCGUGAUCCCCAAGCAGAUCGCGUUCAGCGUGCGCCUCGCGCUCGUGUGCCGCGCCGCCUGGGUGUCGCACCCCGCGCACCUCGAGCUCAUGAACGCGCCGCGCCCGCUCACCGCGCGCCUCGCCACCGCCGCCCUGCCGCCCGGCCCGCACCACGCCAGUAUCGACGCGUACGACGUAACCUGCAUCGAAAAGGGUCCCGUGUUCCGGAUCCCCAUCACGGUUCUGCAGCCGCAGUCCCUGGACAAUUCGCCCUCGAGCGCGCCGCAGAUAGACGAGAAGGACGUCCUGUUCCAGCCCUCCACCAUCAAGCGACACAUCGUCGUCGUGCCGCUGGAGGCGACGUGGGGCGUGGUGCGCAUCCACCGGCGCGGCGGGGAGAGCUGCGCGCGCUUCCUCGUGCACGCCAUGCAGCUGGCGCCGCGCCGCUCGUGCCGCGCGCACGACACGCACCGCCUGCUGGCGCUCGCGCCGCACGCGCCCGCCGUCGCGCCCUUCCGCCUGCUCGGCGGUGUGACGCUCGAGGUGGUCAUCGCCAAGUACUGGGCGAACAUCGGCGACGUGACCGUCGACUACAGCAUCGAGUUCCACGGCCUGAAGCCGGACUUCGGCACCAAGCUGACGCUGUCGGGCGCGUCGCUGGGCGCCGUCACGCUGCGCGCGCUGCGCCCGCAGGACGUGCAGCCCUGCGCCACGCUCAAGCACGUCGAGCACGUUUACAGGCCGGCUGAGUCGAAGCUGGCGCCGCUUACGUCACGCGACAUUUUGCCGCCCUCGCGUCAGAUCUACCAGCUGAUCAACACUUACACCUUCCACAUACCCAAGGCGACCGAAGUAUCCCCGAUAGUGCCGAUGCUGUGCGAUAUGCUGUACGAGUCCGAGUUCGAGUCGCAGAUGUGGAUGUUGUACAACAGCUCCAAGCAACUCAUGGCCGUCGGUGACGCUUACCCCACCAAGUACUCGGCCAAGGUGGAGAAGGGCGAGUACACGCUGCGGCUGUCGGUGCGGCACGAGUCGCGCGCGCUGCUGGAGCGCCUCGCCGAGCUGCCCGUCGCGCUGCAGCAGCGCCUCGCGCAGCCGCUGCCGCUCGACGCCUACGCCGAGCAGGCGCAGGCACUGACCGGCGGCAAGAAGUUCACAGCCGCCUCGUUGGCUAGCGGAGACCUACUACCUCUCUACUUCACACCCGUGCCUUCCGACAAGGUGUCCCGCUCGAGCUGCUCGGGCGCGACGCUGACGGGCAGCGUGUCGUUCGCCAAGGACGAGCUCGGGCACAAGGCGGACAGCUACCCGCUGUCGCUGCAGCCGUGCGAGGCGCCGCGCCGCCCGCGCGAGCGCGCCCGCGAGGACUACGCCGACGCGCUCAAGGACUUCGCCUGCGCCUGGCUCGCCAAGCUCGAGGGCGAGAAGCUAGAGCAAGUGUACGAGGAGCUGCUGGAGAAGUUCCCGGGAUACCUCGGUGCUCACAUCGCCUACUUGAACGCGAUCGACCCGCCGACUGAUCCCAAGAAAUUACCGAGUAUUAAUGAAGAACCAGACGUGACGACGGCCUGGUGCGAACAAUUGAUAGCAAUAGCUGAUAAGGUUAUAAAACAAAUCGACCAAGAUAAGUUACUGGCGUAUUUAGGUAUGAAGAAUGACUCACGUAGUGAUGCUAGCAAAAUAAAGCAGGAGCGCGAGCGGCAGAAGAGCCAGAUGGUGGAGGCGCUGUGCCGGCGCGGCGCCGCGCUGUGCCGCCUGCGCGCGCUGGCCGCCGGCAGCGACAAGCUGGCCGACGCGCUCGCGCACAACAUGCACGACCUGCUCAAGUACACCGACCUCGCCGACGCCAAGACGCUGCACUACGGCGUGUGGCACAGCGUGGCGGUGGGGCAGUGGGGCCGCGCGGCGCGCCUGCUGCUGCGCCUGCUGGAGGAGCGGCCGGCGCGGGAGGCCGAGGAGCGCCUGGCCGGGCUGGCGCUGAAGCUGGGCUGGAGCUUCCUCGCCGAGCACACGAGCCGCCAGCUGCCGCAGCGCUACCCCGCGCACUACCGCCCCUUCUGAUCGCACCCGCCCGCACUGCCGUACCGCACUAGCCUUUUGCGGAACCGUCCUCGUCCCCUCCGACGCAUAGUGAUCGCAUAGUAUCUUCGAUGAGCUAGACGAGAACGCUAAUGCCUCCCAAACCCUACUGAUAGUGUACCCCCUUUACUUAUAUCGCAGUACCAUCCCCUAGUUAAAUUAAAUUCAUUUUGUCUAUUCGAAAAGUUAUAUAAAUUUUCACACAAAUUGCCAAUACAGCGCUCAACCUUGAUUGAUAAAACUCUUUCUUAUUUAUUUUGACGCUUCAGAACUGUAUGCUAUAUAUUUUAAUUCACUUUUACCAUACUAGGUAAAAUUACCUCAACUUUAUGAAUAAUGAAAUUAUACAAUUUAGAAAUGAAUCAAAUUAUUAACCAAUUAAAAAGUUGAGAACAUUCUCCCCUCAUUACAUAUUACAUCAGUUUAAAAAUUUAAAAUCAAUCAAUGAAUGAAAUGAAUUAAUACAUUUCACGAGAUUCAGGUGUCUUCCUUAAAUUCUAAGAGGCAAAUUUUAAUAAAGGAAAUCCGUAUUUAAUUAAUUCCGAAUAUACAUUUAAAAUGCAUUUUACCUACAAGGCAACGAAUUUUUAUAUCAAGAGUAAUUCAUAAUGUGUAAUCUGUGUCAAUUUUGACAGCUUAAAAAUAGGUUCUUUUAUAUGUUGACAUAGGGUGCUCAGCGUGUGCUCAAACACUAGAUCAAUACUUUUAUUAUUUUAUUUUUUUAUUUUAAUAGGUGAUAAAUAAUAAAUGAAUUAACGACGUCAGUAUAGUUUUGAUACUUGAACAUGUAUAGCGGUUGUAUUUAAUCUAUUAUGGCUUGAGCUUUUUAUGACGAUUUCGAAAUAGUCUUAUCUCAAAAGUCCUUGAAAGUAUUAUAAUUAUGCUAAAUUACAUUUCAAGUAUCAAAGGCAACUGUUAAAGCAAUACAGCACAUAAUAUUAUAUGGUAUAUUAUAAUAGAAUAUCUACACUUUAAAUAAACGGUAUAAACAUAGUGUAAGAACAAAUACGAACGUCUUCGUUUAAUAAAGUGAUAUAUUCAAUAAAAUUUAAAAUAUGUUCAUAAAAUACUCUUUAAAUAUAUACAGGUUAUUAGUAAAAGUGUUCUGAUAUGUAUUUAAAUUAACACACGUAAUGUAUGAAGUACAUGUCACUUACAUGGGUUACUUUAAAAUAUCACUAUGCAAAUGUCACCAUAGAAAUCGUUUUCCUUAAUUAUUAAUAACUUUAUUAAAGUAGCCUGGAACAUUUAUGCACAACAUUGUCCAAUUAUUAUUAAUUAUGUAAUUCCAAUAUAUUGGAACCUCUUUGUGCAUCAAUCACGCUAAAACUACUUAACGUAUCGUAUUAGUGACCAUAGAAUCGGGCGGGAUGUACUUAUUUUGUGUAAAUUACCGAUAAAAUUUAUAUUUACAUAAGUUGAAAGUCGCAUAUUAACAGAGCUCCAUAAAUCAUAUUGGUUCUUAAAUACAAUUUCUUAAAUGCAAAAGAUACAUUUGAAUAAAACAUCAAAUUUAGUAUUUUCUUUCUUAUAUACAAAUCUUAUUGUAAUUUGUAGAUAUUCUAUCGCAAUGUACUACACUAAUAGUAUUUGGUAUAGAUGUUACAGAUAAAUAUUUUGUUAAGCUGAGUCGACCGACUGAACACGUUUUUUUAUAUACAUAGUUUAUAGUUAAAGCGAAUCUUUAACGUUAAUAAAUUCUAGUAUAUUAUAGAACUUUCUAGGAAAUUAAUGAGCUGAAGCAAUAAGUACAGGCCAAGGUAAUUAGAUAACUGAAAUUAUGUAAGGAAGUCCGAUAUCAUUGUAACUUUUUUUUUAAUAUGUACCUUGAAAGUGACGAAAAAGGUUUUGAUAUUAAACCUUUGGACGCGAUAGGAUUAAUUCGAUGUUCGAAUUUAUGUGUAACGCCGGAUGGAAACGAUUUCGACGAAAAAAAAACAUUUUCUAUGAAGUUGUUUAAUUAUCUUGGAAAAUUCGAUUUAAAAAUAAAGGGCAUUAGAAUUUAGCGUAGUCUUAUUUUUUUAUAUCGACUAGUUAUAGUGGCGUAUGCAUGUUUAGCGAAAUUUGAUCGUUCCGUGUGCGGCAGAAAGUCCAUAUCGGUGUGCCGGGUGUCGGUCGGUCGAGCUUCCCGCGAGCUGGUCACGCCGAGCUACGUGAUCAUGUUUAGAUGAUUUAAAUGAAUUGUUAAUUAAGAUAAUAAAUAUUUGUGACAAUUU